CCCUUGCCCUCUCCCUCGGCCCUCUUCAUCCUCCUCCUCUUUCACCUCCACCUUCUCCCUCUGCAACCUCCAUCUCCGUCGCCGUUUCUUCAAUGGGCAAUCUGCUGAGCGGGACCAGCUUCAAGGAGCCCACCACCGUGGAGGAUUGCGACUCCACCUGGCAGACGGACUCCGAGCCCGAGCCGGACGAGGAGGAAGACGGCCGAGACGGCAGUAGCCCCGGCAGCCGCGAGGGCCCGGGGCACGAGCCGGAGCAACCAGCGGGGCCACCUGCUAGGGCCAGCCCGCGGGCAGAAGAUAGCCCCGCAGCACCUGAGGGAGACGCGGACGCCGCCGGUAGCAAGGAGCAGAAUGAUGAUUCCACGGAGUCAGCUGCCAAACCAAAGAGAAGCUUUUAUGCUGCAAGAGAUUUGUACAAAUACCGACAUCAAUACCCGCAGAACUUUAAAGAUCUCCGAUAUCAAAAUGACCUAAGUAAUCUCCGUUUUUAUAAGAAUAAAAUUCCCUUUAAACCUGAUGGUGUUUACAUUGAAGAAGUCCUAAAUAAAUGGAAAGGAGAUUAUGAAAAACUGGAGCAUAACCACACUUAUAUUCAAUGGCUUUUCCCACUGAGAGAACAAGGUUUGAACUUUUAUGCUAAAGAGCUAACUGCAUAUGAAAUUGAGGAAUUCAAAAAAACAAAAGAAGCAACUAGAAGGUUCUUCUUGGCUUAUAAAAUGAUGUUAGAAUUUUUUGGAAUGAAGCUGAGUGAUAAAACUGGAAAUGUGGCUCGGGCUACUAAUUGGCAGGAACGAUUUCAGCAUCUGAAUGAGUCUCAGCACAACUACUUAAGAAUUACCAGGAUUCUGAAAAGCCUUGGUGAGCUUGGAUAUGAACAUUUUAAAUCCCCUCUUGUAAAAUUUAUUCUUCAAGAGGCCCUUGUAGAGAGCACUCUUCCAAAUAUCAAGCAGAGUGCUUUGGAAUAUUUUGUUUAUACUAUUAGAGACAGAAGAGAAAGAAGGAAGCUCCUCCGGUUUGCUCAACAACACUACACCCCUCCAGAUCAUUUUAUUUGGGGACCUGCUAAAAAACAAAAGCCUGAAGGAAGCAAAGCGGCAAAGACCCCUACAUCUCCUGUCUCUGGUCACAAUAGUCAAUCUUCUAUGCACAAAAAAUCCAAGGAAUCUAAGAAUAACCUCACAGCUGUUCAUUUAAGUAGCAAAGCAGCUGAAGAAAAUAAGGGAGAAUGGAAAGAAAAUGGAGAAAAUGCAGAUCAGCCUGGAAUGGAAGCUGGUAAUGAAGUUGCCAAGCGGAGAAAUAGUGAAAAGGACAGCGGUGCUGAAAGUCCAAAUUCUAAGCCAGAAAAAACUAUUAAUAAUCUCUUAGAUAAAAAAGAGAAUGCUGCUUCUCUCGAAAAAGGUGAGGACAGUGAAUGUCAGAGCCUUGAUUGUGAAAAUUCAGGAGCUGAAAGGAAAGGCUCCUUUGAUGAGGAUAGCAAGAACUGCUCUAGUAACUGUUCAGAAAACCCACAAACCAGUUUAGGUAGGGAAAAAACUAUUGUUGAACCCAUCCCAAAGAACAAAGAUGAGGUCAAAUCCUAAAAUUGGGACCUAGACAUCUGCUUGUGACUCCUGUUGUAAACAAUUUUUGUUGUUGUUUUCAUUUUGGAAGUCUUAAGAUGCAUCAGAUAAUGCUUUUAGGAUCUGAGUUUUCAAAUUCAGUUUUGUACACAGUUUAUAAUAGCUUUAAAAUAACGUACUUGGUACCUUGAAACACCUGUCUGUGUUUGACCUAGAAAUAGUUCCUUUUAGGAUAGAUUGUGUUCUAUACAAGAAAAAACAAAGCAGUUCUGUUGUGUUACACUCCUUCAUUCUUUACUUAGUUUCUUUAAAAUAAAAGAAAGUAGAGGUCUCUGGUCUUCUCAGAGGUAUUCCAAAAGCAAUUUGGUCUUUGAGGGGUACCUUAAAAAAAAGCCUAUUUUGAAAAUCUUCAAAAUGAAAAAGAUAUUCUUGGUUUAGUCACCCUGAUAUGCCUAAAUACCACUUUUUAAAUCUUUGUAAAUUGAUAAGACAAGUUGCCAGGCAGCAUUAAGAACUUCCCAUAUAAAGGAUUAUGCUGACCUUCAGCUUGAAUUUGAAAUAGAAUGUUGGCUGAAGUGUAACUUUAAAUUCUGUAGAUUUGCUCUUAAACAAAUCAUAGCUAUGCUUUCCUGAGCUAAGCACUUAAUAUAAAUGUUGAUGCCAAAAACACAGAGAAACAUUAUUUCUGAGGAUGUUGUAUUUGCUUUUAGGUAUUGAUCCUGUGUCUUUCAGAUAAUUAUGUAUAUACAGAAAAACAAGAUAUGAAAAAUGAAAAGAGGGAGGUUUUUUUUAAAAAAUCCUUAAAACAAAGUCAUGAAACCCAUUCCCCUUUGCAAGGCAUUUAACAGUAUAAACACAGAUAUCUCUAUAAGGUGCCUUAAAGAUUGAUAGAUUGAUGUGGUCCUCUAUAUAAUGUAUGAAAAAGGACUGUGUGAUUCCCCUUUCUAAAGUGUUAAGCUUUGAAAUUGGAAAAAAAAAAAAAACAAAGGUUGAAAUUCAUUACAUUUGGUAAUACUUUGAAUACUUUUAAUGCAGGAAACCAAACCAUCUGAGAUUUCAUCUCUGUAGGCAUUUAUGUCAUUGAUGCAGGCUCCUAACCUUAGUAGAUGGUUCCAUGAGUUGCUACAGAUUAAAAAAAAAAUCACAAUGGCCAACAUUCUGGUGAUAAACCUCUCCAAACUUAGGCUAGUUCUCACACAACAGACACACUAUACACAUGGCCAUAUGUGAAGUCUUCAAGCUUGCCUUCAAGGAUCUGCCAGAAAUUGAGCUAUACUCACAUAGCCUCUGAAAAUGUAAGGGUAACUUACCCCAAUGUCACAGGAAGUCAUUGAAGUAGCCUUUUCAUGGAGGUUUUAAUAUAUAUGUCUUAACUUUCAAAAAUUUGUAUGACUUAUUUUUAAUUGGGUUACUUAUAGAAAAGGAGGAAUCAUAAUCACUUUAGUAAGAAUUUUAUAGCAUGCACCUUGAACUUACUCUUAUCAGUAGGUACAGUAUUUUUUUUUUAUUCAUUUCUUUUGGGAAGAAGCUAUUUUCCUUAUUUUGCUUUACUUUUUUUUUUUGCUAGGGGCAUUUUAAAAGUUGUGAAUUCAGAAAAAUGCUAUUUUGAAUUACAUUGCAUGUGUUUUUGUUGAUCCACUUUCAGUGUUAGAUUUUAGUGGUCUUAGAAAAUAUCCAGCCAUUGCUUCCCUACCCCACACAGCUCCCAAGUUCAAUAGAGUAUUAGAGAUAUGUUUGUUACUGUAACUUUGAUUUUUUUGAAGUUUAAUUGUGAAUUUUUGCACAAAAUGAAAUCUCAUAUCAAUGGCUAUAUCAAUGAAUGAUAUCAUAGUUUUAUGAAAUAUGAAUGGUGAUAAUUCUUUGUCAUGAUAAUAAGUAUCAUUUCUUUGUCAUGAUAAUAAGUAACAAGUUUUAUUAGUUUAAAUUUUGUGAAGUGCCUAUUUUUGCUUUCUCUUAUUUUAUGCAAUGGUUCUAUGGUUAUAUUGAGCUUUUACAUAUCCCUUUCUUGAUUCUAUGCAGGAAAUAUGUAGAAUAACGUGUGGUGCCUAGCAUAGCACCAUGCCUUUGUGGGUACCUCAUAAAUGCUGUAUGAUGUGAGUUGGGGGAGAAAAGAGGGUCCCAAAUUUGAUUUGUUGUUUGAUGAUAGAUAAGACAAGGACAAUGUUGACAAAGAGUAAUCUUUAAGAACUUAUUAAAAAUAACAGAUUUAUUCAAUUGUUGAAAA